UCAUUGGAAGCCUCCUAACCAAAGAGGAAGAGGGGGGUUUUAGUGAAUGCUCUUCCCACUGUAACCAGGGCUGAAUCCUAAACAGAUUUCGAAAACAGAAAGACCAUUUUCUAAUUGGGAUUCUAAGUGCGGCUGAACGUUUGCUGGCAGAAUUUUUUACGGACCAGUAAGUUGAACAAAAUCAGAUCUGACAAGACCUUUGCAUCUUGGAAAGAACCGUAAUAUACAGAGAAGUACAGAGACGCUCAAUCACCAAUACUGUUGCUGUAAAAAGAAAAAAGGGGGGGUGAGCAGAGAGAGAGAGAGAGAGAGAGGGAGCGAGAGAAGAAGAGAGAAAAGUGCUUGUAAAGGAAAACAUUUUUGGUUGAUGGGAUGAAGCCAGCCAUGGAAACUGCAGCGGACGAAAAUCCUGAGCAAAGCCAAGAGAAAAAAGGGUGUUUUGAAUGCUGCAUUAAGUGCCUGGGGGGAGUUCCUUAUGCCUCGCUGGUUGCCACCAUUCUGUGCUUCUCCGGUGUUGCACUCUUCUGUGGUUGUGGCCAUGUGGCAUUAACAGGGACAGUGUCCAUUCUGGAAAACCACUUCUCAAAGACCGUCAGCGACCAUGCUUUCCUAACUGAAGUAGUACAGCUCAUGCAGUACAUCAUUUACGGAAUAGCAUCAUUUUUCUUCUUGUAUGGAAUCAUUCUUUUGGCAGAGGGUUUCUACACCACCAGUGCUGUAAAAGAACUUCACAGUGAAUUCAAAACUACAGCCUGUGGACGAUGCAUCAGUGGAAUGUUUGUGUUCUUGACCUAUGUGCUCGGAGUUGCCUGGCUGGGUGUGUUUGGCUUCUCGGCUGUACCUGUCUUCUUGUUCUACAACAUGUGGUCGACCUGCCAAGUCCUCAACUCUCCAAUGGCAAACAUGACCUCUUCCAUUGAAUCUAUCUGUGUGGAUGUCAGGCAGUACGGAAUCAUUCCUUGGAACGCAGCUCCUGGAAAGGCCUGCGGCGCAGUGUUAGGAGAAAUCUGCAAUACAAGCGAGUUCUAUCUGUCAUACCAUCUGUACAUCGUGGCCUGUGCUGGAGCUGGUGCCACUGUUAUUGCAUUGCUGAUCUACAUGAUGGCUACCACAUAUAACUAUGCUGUUUUGAAGUUUAAGAGUCGAGAAGACUGCUGCACUAAAUUUUAAGUUGUAUUAAGAACACAGUGCAGAGUUUAUGAAGCUGCAAAGAAUAGACUGAGCAACCACUGACAUCAUGGACUAAAACAGAACAUAGACAAAUGUAUUUUACAUAAUGUGUAAAUAGCAAAGUGCACACAACAUUUAGCAUUUAUUUACAGGGACUGGCACAGUUUGAGAUUAUCAAUAGAAAGGUAUGGCAUCUGGCUGUCUUCAUCAGAUACUCCAAUAUCUUUUUGGUGUUGAUUGUAACAGAUUACCGCACCACUUUUCCUUGAUUUUUAUCUCCUCAAUUUACUGAUAACUACUUACUUAAAUAUUUAAAUAGUAGUUGCAACUGUUAAUAGGAAUGUUCAUGUUUUGUCCAUUUUUUUUUCAUACCUGCCAUUAAAUAUGUUUAAAUGUGCCACUAUUUUUUUGUUAACCUAAGACUGCAUGCUUUUAUUUUUCACUUUCUAAAUAUAUCUUUGUUAAUUAAGUAUUUAAUUUUUUUCUU